AUGAGUUUACAAUAUCAGCUCGUUUUAAAAUGGCGGAGAUCGCCGUGGUAGAUUUUGCUUGUUUACAAUCUCGAAGAAUAGAUGAAUGUGAAAGCUUAGAAGUUAAUAAUUUAGUUGAUCAAGUUUAUCAGGCUUUUACAACAGUGGGUUUUUUGUACAUAAAGAACCAUGGCAUUCCUAACGACAAGGUAUUACAUUUAUUCAAUGUGGCUAAGAGGUUCUUUCUUUUACCUUCGAAAGAAAAGGAAAAGUUUUCGGCGGUGUUAACUAAAGAUAACAAUUAUCAUGGAUGGCUAGCGCCAGGAAGACAAAUUGUUGAUCCAAAUGAACUAUAUGAAUUAAAGGAAGCUUACCAUAUAGUGGAACCUUAUAAUGAGAACGUUUCUUGGCCUAUGGAUGGUUCUGGUGGAGAAUUUCAAGAAAUUGUAAAAGAUUUUUACGAAAGAUGUGAAAACUUAUCUCACGCCAUACUACAGCUGAUUUCUUAUGGUUUAAACAUUCAGGACAAGAAUUUUUUUACAAAAGCUCACGGAAAGUUAAGCGCAAGAACUAAUAAUACUUCAAUGCGUCUACUAUAUUACCCAUUCAACGAUGACUUGAAAUCUGGAGAUGUACGGCUGGGAUCACACACAGAUUACGGAACAAUAACAUUGUUAUUUCAGGAUCAAGUGGGUGGAUUAGAGGUUUACAGCCAAAACAAUGGAUUUGUUUCUGCAAAACCCAUUGAAGGAGCAGUAUUGGUAAAUAUUGGUGAUCUUCUUCAACGAUGGACCAAUGAUAAACUCAUGUCUACAAAACACCGCGUUGUUGUUCCUGAUGAAGAAAUCAAGCGAUUGUGUUCGAGACAGUCUAUUGCGUUUUUUGUUUUCCCAGACAAUUCAACUGUUAUCAAAUGCUUUGAUGGGUCAUCAAACUAUGCUGAAGUCACAGCCAAGGACUAUCUUAACAAAAAACUUAGCGAGACGCUUGUUUAUUAAAUAGCAACUAUUAGACCAUGGGCAAAGAUCUAUUUUUUAGUAAUACACGUAUAUAUACAUUUAAACAAUAAUUAAAAUACGAAAAAAUUAAUUGUUGAGCAUACUUAUGAUGUACUCGCUAUUUUAUUUGUUGUUACUUCUGAGUUCUGAACGAUGAAGUUCGUCUUGUUCAUGGUCAAAUGUGAGCAAUUUUAAAAUAUACAUUUUGUGUAUUUUUCAGAUGAAUGAGACUUGUGGCGAGUCCACUGCAUAUAACGGGUUAUUCACGUUUUGUAAUCAGUCCACUGGAUAUCAUUCAAGGAAAUGAAAUGUAAUUACAUGUAUUUGUUGUCAUUUA